AUGCGCCACGAGUUCGAGAAGCGGCGCCAGCCCGACCGCUGUGGCACAGGCUUCCGCUCCACCGUGUGGCUCAACUGGGACUGCUGUGGCCUCGUCUGCGCCGCCAUCUCGUGGUUCCUCGUCGUCUACGCCGAGGCGUCGUCGCUCGUGCCCUGGAUGGGCGCCAGCCUGCUUGGCCUAUUGCACAUCUCUGUCUUUACGCUGCUGUGCUUUAUGGCGCUCGUCUCGCAUGGCAAAGGUACAUCAUAA